AUGAGAGAAAACGAAGAGUUCUUUUUCAAAGAGAAAAGCAAGCCUGUGAUGUUGGCGGUGAAUGAUUCCGUUACGGUUUCCCAGAGAAGCAAGUUGUGUAACUGUCACGAUGUGUACUGCGGAUGUUGCUACUCUGUCAAGCUGUUUGGGAGGGAAAAAUUUAAAGGCUGCAUGGAGAUGGAGUAUGUAAGCAGGGAUUUUGCCAUCUUCAUGACCUUCAGCAUCAACGGACACAUAAUCAUCACACGAGUGCUUUCAGGCCGUAACCCGCUGCCAUUCUGCAGCUCGACGCCGUACAUUCCCCUCGUCAGUUUCUGCAUCCGACUUUACGACAUUCACCACAACCCUAACGGACUCAGUCUCUGCAUGAGACUCGAGGCCACAUCCAUGCGGCGGAUACUCUUCUCUAUCAGUUUUGACUGUAUCAAGAUAGACAACCAUAGAAUUUCCUUCUACAUGCCGCCCAACGCUACCACCUUUGGUGUGGUGGGCUUUCAUCUCGGAGACACAGACCCUUAUAUUUCGUAUCAAGACUGGACAAAGCUACACAUCCCUUUGCCAGAGAUCACCCCGGCACCACCCCCACCAAAACCUACGUAUAAACAUCAUCUACUCUGGCUACAUUGGUGAAUCAAAUCAAAAUUGUGACGUUAUUGGUGAUGGCUUUAGGUUUUUAAGGUGUUCUUUGACGCAUUUAAUUAUUUCUUCCACAUACAAGCCAUUAAGUGUGAGAAUCCAAAAAUCUUAAACAAGUUUUAUAGUUUAAUUAACUAGUUUAACUAUAGUCUAUAGUUUACAGCCCAAAAGAAUGUUUCAGGGGGAUCUGCUUUGCUCAGCAAUUUAGCUCUCAUAAUCAGAAUCAUUAACGAAUGUAUCUAUCAUUAAAAUACUCAACUCCUAAAAAACCGGCCCUU